AUGAAGAGAUAUACUAAUAAAGAAGAUUCAGCAGAGGAUUUAACUACUUACUGGGGUAGACUCAAGCAUUUUCAAAAUAUUAUUAGUCCUGCCAAUAUUUUUUAUUCUCCUGAACAAUUGAGUGAAUAUGGAAGGAUUUUAGAAAACGUUGACAAAGAUCCUUCAAUCAGGACUAAAUACACAGAUCAAUAACUAUGGAAAAUGAGAUAUGUUUUGGAUUCAAACAUUCACCCUUAAUUGAAGGAACCUGUAAACAUUCUCUUCAGAACUUCAACAUUUGUUCCUGUAAAUGUUCCUUUAGCAUUUGGAUUAGCUGUAUUACCACCAACACCUAUCAAUCAAUUACUUGCUCAAUCCGCUAAUCAAACUUAUAACUUUAUGUUUAAUUAUUGUAAUAGAAAUGCAUCUAAUGUGUUUUCUAAUGAAAUGUUAGCAUUCUCCUAUGGUGGAGCAGUAUCAUCAGCAGUAGUUGGAAGUUUGGGAACAUCAUGGCUCUUCAAGAAAUUAAAUGCACCUGCACUUCUCAUUAGAGCCUGUCCCUUAUUUGGUGUGCUGAUUGCAAACACAUUCAAUCUUUUUUUUGCAAGAUAUCCUGAUUUUUAAAAGGGAAUUCAAGUUUUUGAUGAUGAAACCUAAGAACCAUUACCAGGAUUAUCUAAAGAGGCUGCAAAAAUUGCAUUCUUUAAAACACUUGUUACUAGAUAUAUAUUGCCAUUGCCCAUGUUUAUUCCACCCAUUGUCAUUUAUUAUAUGAAAUAAGCAAAAUGUUAUCCUCAAGGGAGAGCAAUAGGUUUAGCACUCGACUUAAGUUUGUCCGGAUUUUUCUUAUAUUGUGGUCUUUCUGUUGGAAUAGGAAUAUUCCCAUAAUAUUUAAAGGUUAAUCCAAGUGAUCUAGAAUCAUAAUAUUAAAAUUUAACAAAUAGCAAAGGAAAUAAGAUUAAAACUAUCGUUUUUAAUAAAGGAUUGUGAAAAUUGUAUAAAUUUAGAUAAGAAAUUCAAUAUUAAAAUUUUCUAAUA